CUGUCACUAUUAUCUCUAUUAUCAGUCAAAAACAUAGAAUUUCAGCGGCACAUGGAGGGACUGUUGUCGUCGGUGGACGUGUUGGACAAUAUGAAAGGACUUAUGCUGUGAGUCGACAAUAAAUAGGUCAGGGAUGGUGGAAGAGGACGGUCACGUGGUGAAGGAGAAUACCGAGGCACGGACAUCGGAAUGCCACAGGCUGUCUCCCUGCUGCCCUUUCUGCUGGCGCUCCUGGGAUGUGCUUUUGCAGGGCUCAAUAUCUGGCCCUCCUUCCACGUUGCCCUUAGCAACGCCAGUGUAUUUGUGGACUUCAGCACAAAAUCCGACAGCGGCACCAUCCGCAACACGAGCCUCUCUCUGGUCGACACGGGAACCAACACCACCCUUCUGACCAGGAACAUCCCCGACAUCCAAUCGGCCGGCAGGGUGGAGUUCGACUGCUCCUGCUUCCUGUACGCAGGAACUUUCCGCUUCCUGCUGAGGCAGACCAGCGUGACUGCCGCUUCCAAUGGCACCCAGGAGGGCAGCGCACCGAGCACCGACCGGUGGUGGAGCUCAGAACUGCAGGUGCAGUGGCCCACCUUUCACAUCGCUGUGGAAAGGGCCGGAAACCACUCGGGAUCAUUUCAGGUUGGGAUCUCCACCAAUGAGCACUUCCAGGCGUGCUCCAGGGGCAUCGACGCGGCUCUCUUCUUGGAGGUCAGCUACAUCGAGUUCAACCAGAUCGGGCGAAUCCGCAUCGACAAGGUCCAGGCCCGCACGCGACACCCAAUCAGACCCCUCCGUUCCCAGAGCGUCGAGCUGCCCUGCGUCUUCCCCUUCACGGAGAGAGACUUCAUACGAGUGGCCCUGCGCUCUCCCCACGCCGCGCAGGAUGUGAAGAGCUCCGGGCCGCUGUACCUGUCCCGCAUCUUCUCCUACAAGCUGCUGGUGGAGAACACCAGCGCCUACAGGGGCGGUUGCGAAGGGACGAUGACCGUUAAACUGAUAGCUCCGCCUUGUGCUCACGUCAAUGGGAAAGUGUUGCUGUAUAAGGAUGGAGGUGGUGCUGGGACUCCUGGGAGAGGGGUUGCGGUUUCCCCCGGGAUGGAAGCAGGUGAAACGGCACCGAUGGGGUUGGAGCCCUCGUCGCCCCCGUUGGCCUUCAACUGGCUGACCGGGGGGGAGAGCGAGACGGAGUUCAACUGUUCUGUGUUCUUCAUCGGGAGGAACAAGUACUGCUUUCGCUUUGUCCUCAACCUCAGUCGCUCCCCGAGUCCCGCGCAGACCUGCCUGGUGGUCCACAGAAGCGCAGAGUCAUGGGGCUCGUGGCUGCCCUGGAGUGUGUGCAGCGUGAGCUGCGGAGAGGGGGCGAGGGAACGAGUACGUGAGUGUCUGCUGCCCUCCGGCGUCGGGGGGAUGCAGUGCACCGGCAUGGUGAAGGAACAGUCCCUCUGCUCGCUGGAGGCCUGUGUCGUGUUGCCCGCUCCUUCUCCAUCCCUCGCCCCCGGGGCCGUCGGAGUUGCCCGCCUGGGAGGCAACAUGGUCGUGGUGGCUGGCAUCUCCCUCUGCCUGGCGGUGAUCCUGGCGACGGUUCUGGUGACGUUGUGGAGAAAGCUUUGCAAGACCCCUCAGUGCAGCUCCGUACGCGGAGGCUCCAUGCAUUCCCCCGGAGGGCGCAAGCUCUCCGAUGAGGCGUCCAUCUUUGGCCACAGCCUCCAAAGGCCCAGCCUGUCCGACGGUCACGGCCAACCGGGGGUCGUCGCUGUGGGUGCAGCCCAGGAAGACAGGCCUUCCCUGGGCACUCAGCCUCUCUCACAGACCCCCGUGAUUCCUCUCUCACAGACUCCAGACAGGCUGUCCCCCUCAGGGCCGAAGAUGCUGCCACCAAUAUUUGGGUACCAUUUGGCUCAGCAGCAGUUGAAAGACAUGAAGAAGAAAGGGUUAAAGGAGGCAACGCAGAUGUACCACGUCUCUUCAAGCCCGGUCCACGACACGGUGUCGGGGACAUCUGCUUCACCCACAAACUCCCUCAUUCCUACGCCGAGUGGAUUCGCUCCUCCCUCGCUCCGGGAGGACGCGAACUACGACCACUUCCAGAUUGCGACUCCCUUUUCCGAGCUGCCGUCGCAGACUUCCAGGCUCACGGCGGACCGACCGAGUCCCGGAGCGGAGCUCGUCUUGGGUCCUUCGGCCCGUGCAAGCGGGGGCGGCUCCAAAUGGCGUGACCGCACUGCUGACUGGGUGGAGAUGGUAGAGAGGAGUGGGUUUGCAGGUCUCAGAGGAGGAGGAGGAGGAGAGGCAGGGAUGGGAAACUCCUUUAAUACAAAUCCACAUUUCCGCCGGACCUCCAGCUUUAAUGACACCACACCCCAACCUCGAUCCUCUGGACACUGCAGACCGUUUAGAGAAAGGAGUCUGACCCAGGUUGGAUCGCGCACCCUUCCCGAAGGAAGUUGCUGGAACAAAGGAGGCCGGGAGCCGUGCGGCUCGUACCCCAUCCCAGAGCACGGGGCCCUCGAGUGGGCGAAAUCCAGACCCCAGAUGAAUGACCAGAGGAAGCCCCGGAUAGAGGCCGCCGCUCCCUCCUACAGCGCCCAACUCAAAACAAACAGCAUUUCGGCGUCUGCGAUACACGCGGAUGCCGAAGUCGGCGGCGCGACGGAUGGGCGAAGGAGCGGGGAGGCGGGAGGCGGAGGGGGAAACUCGGGGAUCGGGGGGGGGCCCGCCAGCCUGAGCGUGGAUCGGGCCGAGCAGAACUGGAACCGCCGCGGCCCGUCGCCGAUCCAGAGGAACAUCCUGGCCCGGAAAUUGAAGGAGGCUCAGUCGUACUCCGGGGGGGUCAAGGGUCGCCAGCGCAGCUCCACCUUCAGCGCGUCGGCCUCGGAGCAGAGGAAAGGUCGCUGCCACUCGCUGCCCUACGGCGGCGGCGGCGGCCCCCCCUACAUGCUGAGCGAGGCAGAGCAGAGGAUGUUGGACCUCGAUAUGUCCGAGGUGUAGAGGGUUGAAGGACAUGGGAUGAACUUAUAUUGCUCUUUACAUCCAUUCAUAACCGAAUCCUCUCUGCGUGACGUGAUCCUAACGCAGACACACACACGUCAGUGAAGAUUGAAUUGUAUGUUUGAGAUUUUUGGAAGUUUGCUUCUAUCCAAGGGAGAGAGGGAAACACACCAUUUUCAUUUUUGAAAAGCUAUUUAACCCUCCUGUUACCUUUCGGGUCAAUUUUACCCCAUUCAAUGUUUAACGUCGGUGUUCUUUGGGGUCAAUUUGACCCCAGGCUGUUUUUCACUGUCAAACAUAUAAGAAAUAUCAACUUUUUUAUAUAUUUAAAGGGAUAUUAAGGUAGUCAACAAACAAACAAAGUACCUGACACUUAAACUUGGGAAACAAUAUUAAUUCUAAUAAUUUUCUGGAGGUUUUAAUUGCUGGGGUCAAAUUGACCCCGAGGGUAAAAUAUGUUAGUAAAUGUGAAGGUAACAGGAGGGUUAAAAUGUGGUUUUUUUCCAUUUUUUAAAUUAUAAUUGUGACAUUUUCUACAUUUGAUAUGCAUUAUAAUUUAACAUAUGACGUCUGUCGGUUUCUUUGUGUAUCAACUACUGGGGCAGUAUUUACCGUAAUGAGUCAUACGGCCUAUGACGGGUUAGUCUGAAUGUGAAGUCCAGUUGUAUAACAUUGUGCUGUAAAGUCACUCUCACGGAUGUUUACUGUAACGUGACACAUUUCUACGUGUGACAGAAGCAUUUGUCAGAACAGCAGGUAUAUGAACAUCAGGGAGGCAUUGUGGCUGAGAUGCUGUUUGUUUUAUUGUUUUGAGUAAUAUUACACACGUAAUAGAAAGCGGCGCUUACUGGAAAAUACAAUGUACUGUUACAUCAACAUUUUAUUCUGGUUUUAAAUGAUGACACAAAAGAUUUUGAAGUUUAAAUACAAAAGAAUUGAAACAGA